AUGUCUGUCGGGGCUAUGAGGUGGGAGCCAUCGCGGCCGAGAUCCUCAUUGACACACGUACUACCAACCGUGUUCAAAGCACUUAUACCUACUGACGAGAGGCUGUUUUUGAAAGCUCUGUCAUCGCCAACACCGACGCCAAUACCACCAUCAGCUCCGAUACUUCCUCCCCGUUUCUACACGGAUUUUACUAUCACCUACACUCCUCGUGAAGAUCGUGAAAUGCCUCUACCUCCCUGGAUUGAUGGCAUUCCACCCCUCCUCCCUUACGCCAUUGGUCGGGGCUACGCCGUCUACGCACCGGAUUUAGGUAUCAUGGUGGAGAACUACACUGACUUUUGCGUCCCCAUCUUCUGGCCCAAUGCCUACUUUCCUUGCAUAUUUUUCAAUUACAAUCGCACUGCUUAUUUGAUCUCUCCGUUUAUCAAUCACUACGGACCCUGCUGCGUCUAUCGUACCAACUGGUCGCCGCCGCACAGGGACUUUAUGCUCCAGUUCGAGAAGUACUACAAUGGAUCGACGUGGGAUAUAGGAGUGAACAGGAAGGUGUUGAAGCAGUUGAUUGACUGGUGGGUGAUUCCACAAAUGAGUGCUGGUUUGCGCGAUCAUCCCGUAUUUGGUGGAUUCGGGUUCGCGAGGAAACCUCUGCCCAGUGGCUAUCGUCCCUACGUAUCAUUUUGGUAUGAAGGUGAUAUCGGGUGGGCGCAUCAGAUUUUUGAAAAUUUUACCGAUAUUGGACCGAAAAUUCACCUCCUUGAUGACUUCCAUGUGCCGGAUAUCUGCAACACCAACCUCGCUUGUGAUUUUCGACCAUGA